AGUGUUGUGUGUGUGUGCGUCUCUCGCUCGCUCGGUCUCUCUCGCCGGCUGACAGCGGCUGACAUCGACAGCAGCGAGUUUUAUUGUGUUUAUUCAAUUCGUAUUGUUUUCUUUUUUUUUUUCUUCUUUCUUUUAUUUUUCUUUCUCGUACGAACGUAUCGAGGUGUUCGUGUGACGUCAUCGGAUCAUGGGUUUUGGCGGGAAAGAUCUGACCCUGGGCAACAUGAAGGCGCUGAUCCUGGUGGGCGGGUUCGGCACGCGGCUGCGGCCCCUCACGCUGAGCCGGCCGAAGCCCUUGGUGGAGUUCGCCAACAAGCCCAUCGUGCUGCACCAGAUCGAGGCGCUGGUGGCCGCCGGCGUGACGCAGGUGGUGCUCGCCGUGUCCUACCACGCCGAGCAGAUGGAGCAGGAGCUGGCGCAGGAGGCCCAGAAGCUGGGCAUCGAGAUCACGUUCUCGCUGGAGGAAGAGCCGCUGGGCACGGCCGGACCCAUCAAGCUGGCGCAGUCCACCCUGGCCUCCAACGACGAGCCCUUCUUCGUGCUCAACUCCGACGUCAUCUGCGACUUCCCCUUCGCGCAGAUGGUCCAGUUCCACAAGCAGCACGGCAGGGAGGGCACCAUCAUGGUGACGAAGGUGGAGGAGCCUUCUAAAUAUGGUGUGGUGAUUUACGAUGACUCUGGAAAGAUUGACAGAUUCGUUGAAAAGCCACAGGAGUUCGUUUCCAACAAGAUCAACGCAGGAAUGUACAUCUUCAACCCGUCAGUUUUAAAGAGGAUAGAGUGCCGCCCCAUGAGCAUUGAGAAGGAGGUGUUCCCCUACAUGGCUGAGGAGGGCCAGCUGUAUGCACAAGAGCUCCAGGGCUUCUGGAUGGACAUUGGACAACCAAAGGACUUCUUGACUGGCAUGUGCCUCUACCUCAACUCUUGCAAGAUUAAUAAUAGUGCCAAGCUCUGUAAAGCCCCAGGUAUUGUUGGCAAUGUCCUUGUAGACCCUUCAGCCAAAAUUGGGAAGAAUUGUCGCAUUGGCCCCAAUGUGACUAUAGGGCCUGAUGUAGUGAUUGAGGAUGGAGCCUGUAUCAAGCGUUGCACAAUCCUUAGAGGAGCCACCAUAAAGUCACACACAUGGCUUGAGAACUGCAUUAUUGGGUGGAAAUGUAUUGUUGGGAAAUGGGUGCGCAUGGAGAAUGUUUCUGUACUGGGUGAAGAUGUGAUUGUCAAGGACGAACUUUAUGUCAAUGGCGGAAUGGUGCUUCCACACAAGAGCAUAGCAGCCUCAGUCUUAGAGCCCAAGAUUAUCAUGUGAAACACGCACUGGUGGGAAUGGGUGUGCUAUUUAUAUGCGAAUCCUUUUUGCCUUACUUGUAAGAUCAGUCGUCAGGUUUAAUACUUUUAUUGUGCAUUGUUUAAUUUUUUUUGUUUUUGUUUUUGUUUUUACUCCAUUUACUUUUUUUCUCUCUUCAUUCAUACUCUACAUAGAAUUAUGAUUUAUUUUCUAUAAUAUAUUUAUAUACAUGUAAUUUAUAUGUAUUUCUGCCUUUACAAAUUGAAGUUGUGAGCAGUCUGUGAAGCAAUAUUGAGUGUAGGGAGUGGGUGUGUUUCCUUCACAACUACAAUAGAGCAAAUUUUGGUGUCUUCUGGUUGGUCUCAGGCUGAGUGUUCUGCUGUAUAUUGUAUAAAGAUGAAUUAAUUAACUGAAGAUUAAUAGAAAUUCCUGUUCUUAAAAAGGAAAAAGGUAUAAAACAAUUUUUAAAAAACUAAGAAUGCUAAUUCCAGCAUUUUCAGGCACAUUUCUUACCAUAUGGAUAUGAACUAUAUGUGUGACUUUAUACAAGUGAAUUAGCAGCUAGAGUAAAGGUUAAAUAUUGUUGACAUUUUAUGAAUUUUGAAAGAAAGAAAAGACAUAUUUUACUUCAUUUUAGAACUGUUUCAAGGUACAAA